ACCUUCAUCUGUUCAUGACUGCUGUAGAUCAGACUGAUUAACUGGACUCACCAGUGGAGUUGCAAGUCUUAAUUUAACUAUCAGACUUCAUGACUGUUGUGGAAAUUUACAGGCACUUUUCUGUCAGCUACUGCAGAGUGAUUUUACUGUUCUUGUGCUGUUUGAACUUGCCUUUAUUGGCCAGGUUUUUCUUAAAUGUGUCUUUUUUUAACUCCCUAUUUUUGGAUGCUGUUUUUUGGAUGUUUUCUAUGACUGGUUCAAAAUAGUGUCUGUUUAAUUUUUCAUAGUUUCCAGUCUCAUCUAUAUGCAGCUGUUUUUUCUCAUCUGACUGUGAUAAAAAGACUUUCACUUUCACUUAUUCGCCUGCUUUUUACAUACAGUUUUGUAACCGUUACAUGAAGUCUAAUAAUUGUCCAGCAGACGGCCAUGAUGAACACUGAACUGAUCUGUUUGCAGUGGAAGAGCUAUAAAGAAAAUGAGUGUCACUGCACAGAUAUUCAACUUGCUGUUUCAAGAAUACAACAUCAGCUAUCUUGAUGUUUGUUACAAUGGCAGUGGAUCAUCAUCUUGCACCCUUCAUUCUGCUCCUCAUCAGUAACACAGAAAUAAAGUGGAGUGGAGUGAAGCCAAAAGGGAAAUCUUUGUCAGAGUGAAACAGAUUCUCCUCUGACUGCUGUUAAACGAACUCUGAACUGAGCUGUUGGUUGGACAUUUACGAAGAAACUACUUGAGUGUCAAUGCACAGAUUUUAAACACACUGUUUAAAAAAUGCAGCAUCAGAUGUCUUCGUGUUUGUUACAAUGGAAGUAGAUAUGCUUGCAUCCUUCUUUCUUCUCCUAUUUUCUAACACAGGGUUCAGUGCUGAGAUCUCUGUGUUUGUGCAGACAGGAACUUCUGUUCAACUAAAUAUACAGACACAAGAACUACCAAAGAUGAAUGUCUUCAUAUGGGAAAAAGACAAAUCAACAACAAUAGUUGCAUAUAUAACUGCAAUAAAACAAGUGUUAUCUGACAUUUAUUAUGAGAAGAGAGUAGAGUUUAACACUGAAACCUUCUCUGUGACACUGAAAAACAUGCAAAAAACAGACAGUGGACUCUACAGAGCAAGAUCAGUACAAGAUAAUAAUAAAUUCUUUGCUGAAUACAGAGUAUCUAUUAUAGAUGCUGUGGAGGCUCCUGUCCUGACUGUAAACUCAAACUGGUCCAGCAGUGACUCCUGUACUGUGAACUUAACAUGCAGAGCUCAUGAGCUCAUGAUUAACUCUAGAUAUCAGAACAAAAGCUGCUCUACGGAGGAAGUGACAUCAAAUGGGAUCAACACUCUCAUCCUGAACUGCAGUGAGAACUCCAUCAUCUGUAACCACAGCAAUGCUGUCAGCUGGAAAGAAGACAGAAUAAACAUCACACAGCUCUGUAAAGGGUUUAGUGCUGAGAUCUCUGUGUUUGUGCAGACGGGAGCUUCUGUUCAGCUGGAUAUACAGACACAAGACCUACCAAAGAUUAAUGUUUUCAUAUGGGGAUCAGACAAAUCAGCAAUAGUUACAUAUGUAACUGCAACAAAACAAGUGUUACCUGACAGUUCUUAUGAGAAGAGAGUGGAGUUUAAUACUGAAACCUUCUUUCUAAUACUGAAGAACAUGAUGAAGACAGACAGUGGACUCUACACAGCAAGAACAAUACAAGAUAAUCAAUUAUUUGCUGAAUACAGAGUAUUUGUUAUAGAUGCUGUGGAGGCUCCUGUCCUGACUGUAAACUUAAACUGGUCCAGUGGUGACUCCUGUACUGUGAACUUUACAUGCAGAUCUCAUGAGCUCAUGAUUAACUCUAGAUAUCAGAACAAAAGCUGCUCUACGGAGGAAGUGACAUCAAAUGGGAUCAACACUCUCAUCCUGGGCUGCAGUGAGAACUCCAUUACCUGUAACCACAGCAACGCUGUCAGCUGGAAAGAAGACAGAAUAAACAUCACACAGCUCUGUGAAGAGAAAAAAAGACGAACCCAACUCUCCUAUAGUUCUUACAUGACUGUGCUCCUCGUUGGGUGUGCUGUUGUGGGAGUGAUAGUGUUUGCUGGUUUGGUCCUUUACUGUUGCUGCAAAAAUAAAAGUGUUUACUUAUUUAAAUGAUCUCAUGUUUGAAUCUGACAGUUUCAAUCCAGAACACUGGUCAGUAUUAAACUUAGGCUGUCAGUCUGUAUUAUGAGAAGCAAAUGCAAGUUAACAUGUUUCACACAGCCUGUAAUCUGUGCAGUGAACAUUCUGAUCAUUCAGAUGUCAGGCUGAGGAUACACACUAUGACAAUGUUGAGGUGAGAUUCAACUGAGAGAUCAUCUCAAUUCCUAGAGAAUUUAGAUUUUAAAUGUCAUGUCAAAUUCAAUACUGAGUAUUGCCUUUUUUCACAUUCUGUGGUCAUCUGUGUCUUAUUUCUCUUCAAGGAUUUUCCAUCUUCUAUUACAGAUGUUACAAAUGAGUGUUUUUUACUUCCAUCAUUUACAUUUAAUAUAGUUUCAUGUAUUAUAAUCAUUCUCUCUGUGAGUUUAUAUGCUGUUAUAUUUGUUUACUGCUAUUCUCAAACAAGAGACUGUAAUAUCACAAUGGAACCAACAUGGUUAAGUACAAGUUAACUUUUAUUAUACUAUACUUUGAAAUGACACUGACCAGACAGCUUUAUCUGCCAGUUUCCAUUUCUUUAGAAUUCACAAUUUGUAAUUGUAAUUUGAUUAUGUGCAUCAAAUUUAAGAGUAAUUUAAUAAUAAAUUUAAUAAUAAGGGCGUUAAUCUGUGUUCCAUCAGAGAAAUCUUACCUUUUUGAGCCAAAGAUCUGACUGAAUCAAACCCAAACAAACCCGUAAUCAGUGCAGUAAACACGUUGGUAAUACAGAAGAUGAUGAUGCUGAUUCAAAUGACCUGUUUAAGUCCAGGUUAACUAAUGCUAAUGUUGGCUAUAAAAUAAAUAAAAUGUGCAGUUGUAACCAGCAAUCUGUUAGUACUCCCAUUCAUCUCCCAGACAGUUGCUUGGGUUUAUUGGGUUGCAUUUAUUACUACUAUAUGAUUAAAUAAAAAA